AUGGCGCCACAACACCCUGUCGAUGAAUCAUCCCUCCCAUCCGUAUUCCAAGCGUCGUGGAAAUCAAAUCCAGAUCCUACUGCACUACCAUUCCCUCGAGACAAUCCCCCUUUUGCACUCACUGCAAUUGAUCGGCGUCAGCUUAAUCUGAAGGAUGACGAAUACACACCACACUCAUGGGAAAAUCUGCGUCAAUUGAUCUCGGCUGGACAGUUGGAUGAGCUGAAGAGGUGGCCUAGUCAGCUGAAGGCAUACCUAUCUUGGACUGCGCAUGUCAAGGCAAAAUAUGGGAGCGCGACCUCGUACUUGCUUACACAGCGACUAUUUUGGCGACCUAUCAAUGACGAUACAGGAGCAAUGGCGUUUAACGUGAAAAACGUAGUCCCAUUUGCCGAUCCAGAAGAUUUCACCAUCCUUAGAAAUGACUGGCCAUACGGACAUGAGCCAGGGAUUCGACACGUUUGUGUUUGGCUGAAGCAGCGAUUGCCGGUCGACAAGGACGGAGCUUUAUCAGAGGAGGGAAUACGAAUGGUGGAGGAAUUCGUAAACAAUGAGUUCAGAGUAAAGGUUGGCGAAGAAGAGAAAGACAGCAAAAUCAUUUGGUUCAAGAAUACAACGAAUCUUCAAAGCGUGAGAAGCUUAGAACACCUGCAUGUACUUGUCAGACAUGUGGAUGAUGAGGUGUUGAAGCAGUGGUUAGUCUGA